AAGCCCCGCCCCGCCGCCCGCCGGCCGGCCUCUCCUCGUCGUCGCCUAAAAAAAGGCAAACCCUCCCGCUCCCUCCUCACUUUUCGCCGCUGCAGUCGGAGCAUCACGGAUCUAAGAAACAUUACUGUAUUUUACUUGUAGCUCCAUCUCUAAACAUGGGUCAACUGGUCAACCCCUGCCUCAAGCGCGUCUUCACCAUCUUCAACAUCUUCUUCGCGUUCAUUGGCGGAGUCAUCAUCGCACUCGCUCUGCUGUCUCAGUUCAUGACCAGCUUUGAUGGAGGAGACAGCCUGGAAGGUCGGACCUCCGGCCUCACCAUCUUCUACGUCGUGGGCUCCAUCACCAUGGUGAUCGCCAUCCUGGGAGCCUAUGGGGCCCACAAGGAGAGCAGAGUGUGCCUGAGCGUGUUCCUGAUGUGUAUGGUUGUCGGAUGCUCGCUGAUGCUCAGAACUGGGAUCCCCGCUGCCUCCGCCCGCCCCAAGCUGGAGGGCUUUUUGGAGAAUAAGUUCCGUGAGUUUCUGCCUCUGGACAAAGCUACAGACGACGUGAAGGCCAUUGCUGACAACGUGCAGACACAGCUGCACUGCUGUGGCCUGUUCAGUUACAAGGACUGGGAGGGGAACAUCCCCAACUCCUGCCUGUGCACCCAGGAUGUGGAGACGGACGGCAAGUGUCAGACCAUCAAAUACCUCGAGUAUUUCACGACGCAGAGCAAGUCCAUCUACGUCAAGACCUGCUUCCCCAUCAUCUCCCACUACGCCCUGCUGAUGGCUGACAUCGUCAUCGGUGUCAUCUUGACUCUGGCUAUACUGGCGCUGCUGGGCAUGAUUCUGUCCUCCGUCAUGAUCCACCAGAUACGUUACUCCAACAGACCCACCGUCCUGCUGUCGGUCCCCGCCAUCUUCACCACAGUUUCUCCCAAAUACCAGGAGCUGCACAACCCUCCCAAAUACCAGGAGAUGCACAACCCUCCCCAAUAUCAGGAGAUGCACAACCCUCCCAAAUACCAGGAGCUGCACAACACUCCCGCUUGCUAGAGCAGCAACGCCGCGCCUGUCUUCUGUUAGCUUGACGUACAGGUUCAGGCAGUCGAGUUGUUUGUGUUGUUUCUGUUUUUUUUCUCUGUUGAAUUUGAGGCAGGUAUGCAGUUACAGGACUGCGUGUCCAAAGUGCCUUACGUCGCUGUGAGGAGUCCUGACUGUUGGCUCCAUCGAGAUAAAUGGAAACUGUCAGAAACACCGCUGGGUUUCAUUUUCUAACGCAAAGCAGCUUCGAAAAGAUCUGCAACAACAUUAUUAUUGGGUGGGGCUUGCAUUUUUUAUUUUUUUUGUCGUCAGAAUCUGCUGUUUUCAUACAACCAGAGAGGAAAGUGUUUUUUGUAAAGGUUUUUUUUCAUGUUUUUCUAAUCAUCACAAGAUAAUUUCACAUCGUUCACGAAGCAAAAUAGUUUGAACAGAUGAUUUUGUCAAAGUUAGAAAAACACUACAAAAGUAAAAACAUUCUGAAUUCUCUAAAUUCAGGUGUUUUUUUCUAAGGAGUUUGGCUCUAAAAAUCCUCUUCUGGAUACGCUCAGGCUGUAGAAACGUUUUUGUGAACAAGACUUGAUUAAGAAACCAUCUUAGACCAUUUUUUUCAUUCAGUAAUAAAAUCUGGGAACACCUUUUUAAAAGUCAGAUUGCAAAAUCAUUUAAAAUCACCAAAGUGUGAAGAGAAUUAGUCUUCUGGAAAAAAUGCACUGAGAAUAAUGUCUCUGCUGAAAUUUUUAGACUUUUGUCUCUAAAUUCAGUUUUGUUUUUCUGUAAAUUCUGGCCUUGAUCCACGUCUGCAUACGACCUGGUCAAGGUCAGGUUGGGGGCGCCCCGGGUGCGCUGCACGUACAAGGCUGAGUCCUUACCGCAGCGGCCCGGGUUCAAAUCCAGCCUGCGGCCAUUUGCUGCAUGUCAUCGCCUCUCUCUCUCCAGCGGUUCUAUCAAAUCAAACAUAAAAACAAUCUUUUAAAAAAAGACAAAACCCCCCAAAAGUUCUGAGAUUAAUCUCUCAAUUCUGUGAAAAGUCAAAAUCUUUAAGUCUUAAAUCUCAAACUUUGUUCGGUUUAGAAGCUUAUACGUUAGAGCCAAACUUCAUAGAAAAAAAUCUGAAUUUAAAGUUGUUUUUGUUUUGUGAAAAACGUUGAUUAAACACUGUUUUCUUGUGGUCAUGGAAAAAAAAAAAAAGACAAAUCUCUUCCAACGUCCUCUCUGGCCUUUCUUUUCAUUCCACACAAACUUCAGCGGAGCUUCAAAUGUAGUUUUUGUUUUGUCUUUCUUGCACACGAUGCAAAAAUAGCACAGAUGUCCAAGUUUUCAUUUGGUUCUGCAUACGCACAAAAAAAACAAAAAC